AUGACAAAAUCGUUAACAAAUAUAAAAAGUAAUGUAGAAUAUCCUACAUUCAAUAACAAUAUAGAUACAUACAUUAAAAAGUUUGAAAAUUUAUUAAAGGACACGCAGGUUCCCGAGGCAGAAAAAGCUAAUGCGUUCAUUCAAAGAUUACCAGAAGAAGACUAUUUGGACCUGGAAUCCAUUUGCGUUCCAUCUGAUUACAACGAUUUGAAAAUGUUACUGGAAAAAUACAGGCUAAUACAUCCCGAUAAAUCAAUAGACACGUACAGGACGGAAUUCAACGCAGCCGUUCAAGAUAAAGGGGAAACAUUUGGUAAAUGGGUAACUAGACUAUGUAAGUUGAAUAAUAAAUGCAAUUUUAAGGAUCAAGAGAGAAUAAUUGAGAAGAUAAAAAUAUCGUCAAGUAAUAAAAAAAUUAGGGAGCAGAUAUCGAAAUUAGAAAAUAUAACUAUUACAGACAUAUUAAGAAUUGGGAGAGAAAUAAAUGAUGGGGAUGAUUAUGAAAAUAUAAAUAUUAAAAUGGAUAAUAUAAAAAUAGAAGGAGCAGCAUCAACUUCGACGAUAAAGAGUUAUGGACAAUCCUGGACACCUAGAUACAACAAUCAUCAACAAUGGCAAAAUAAUUACAAUUACAGAUAUCAAGGUAAUUACUAUCCAAGACAUCAGAAUAAUUAUGAACCAAUGUAUCAUUGUCAAAAUAAUUUUAAUAAUAGAUUUUACAACGACAGAGGAUAUUACACACCAAGAUCGUAUAAUAGAUUUUCGAAAUUUAAAAAUAAUUAUAAUAAUAAUAAUAAUUACAAUUUUAAUAAAUAUUAUAAUGAGCUCAGGUUUAGACCUAGAUACGAUGAAUAUCAACAUUAUCGUCAUCAGAAUUUCGAUCAAUCACGUAACAAUCGAUAUCAAAACUAUGAAAACGAUGAACAAAGAUACACGAAUAAAGUUAAUAUAGUGAACAUAGAAGAAAUAAACGAGGAAAAUAACGUCAAAUCAGAAAAAAAUGAAGUUGAGAAAAUAAAAAACAAGGAAUACAAUCUAUUCUGCUUGGAUAUCAACAAUUUAAAUGAUGAUAAUAACAAAGAAAAUGAUGCAUAUAAAGUCACGUUAUAUUUAAACGACAUACCUAUUAUCAUGCAAAUUGAUACCGGAUCGCGGUUCACAAUAUUACCGAUAAAUAUUGCAAGAAAGAUUGGGAUAAAUAUCUUAAAUAAAUCGGAUACUAAAUUAACUGGAUAUGACGGAAGAGCAAUAAAAGUGAUAGGCAAUGCCAAUAGUGACAAGAUUGCACUCUUGGGAAGGACGUGGAUAAAAGUUUUUAAAAACAUACUUAAUCAAUUUGUGAAUUUAGUAGAAGAAAAUAACAACAACGACAUUCAAAAACUGAUAGACGAAUGUAAAUCAAAAAUAAAUAUGAAACCAAUAAAUUCGCCUAGCGACAUUUUAUCACAUGACACUUUAUCAUGCGACACUUUAUCAUGCGACACUUUAUCACGACGACACUUUAUCACGACGACACUUUAUCACGACGACACUUUAUCAUGA